UCCCUAAUUUUUCAGAGUUCAUGAGCAAUCUUUCUCUCUCCCCCUCCCCCCCUUUUCUCAGAACCGUCGCUUCUUGUGUCAAAUCAGAUGCUUUUGAGCUUAGAUCGUGUGAUGAGCUUAUAGUGGUUCUCUGUUCGGAAUCUCUUGCGGUUGGUUAAUGCAUGUUGAAGAAUGAUGUCUGGCGAUUAUGAUGAUGAUGAAGAAGAAGAACUUUCCUCUGGCGCCUCUGGAGACGAAGUACACGUCAUUAAUGGACACAACAAGCGUGUUCCGACAGCGCCUUCUGCACCGCCUCGCAAGAGAAACCGCAAGGCCGGUGGUGAUGCCAUAGUUGAAGCCAUGCUAGCAAUCGCAGCAGCUUCCAAAAUGAGAGCAGCGGCUUUGACUAACAAGAACCCAGACAACUCACAAGAUCCGUCCACUAGUAAUAGCAUCGACUUGGACAUAGAACUAGAUGAGAUGGAACUAGUUGCUGCAGCUGCUGGUUACUUAUACUACCAACGUCUAGUAAACCAACCUCCGGGAACUUCGCCUAGUACAAGAGGUGCAUAUCUGAGAGACUUGCUACAAGGACCUGUCGAAGAUUGCAGGGAAGUGCUUCGGAUGGAUAAACGCCUGUUUCACAAACUAUCCGACACUUUUCGAGAGAAAGGACUGCUGAGAGAUACCAUCACUGUCCUGGUGGAAGAGCAGGUUGCUAUAUUCUUAAGCAUUAUAGGUAAUAAUCAGCGCAUCAGAGUUAUACAGGAGAGGUUCCACCUUUCUUGUGAAACCAUUAGCCGCCAUUUCAACAAUGUGUUAAAGGCAGUUAAGGCGGUGUCACGAGGGUUUUUUCAGCCACCGGUUAUGGAAACACACGAAGAUAUAGUGAGUAGCAAAAGGCUUUAUCCAUAUUUCAAGGAUUGUAUUGGAGUUAUAGAUGGGUUGCGACUUCUUGCUAACCUUCCUAUAAAAGACCAGCCCCGGUUUCAGAACAAGAAAGGCAUACUUAAACAGAACGUGCUUGCAGCUUGCACUUUUGAUUUGGAGUUUAUAUUUGUAUGCCCUGGAUGGGAAGGCUCUAUCAACGAUUCACGCGUCUUAAGAGCAGUCCUAGAUGAUCCAAAACAGAACUUCCCUCAACCUCCCAAAGGAAAAUACUAUCUUGUUGACAGAGGUUACACAAACACAGAAGGGUUCAUUGCUCCAUACCAGGGAACUAGGUACGGUCUCCACGAGUACCGUGGCGCACGCCAAAUGCCGCAGAACGCUCCUGAUCUUUUCAAUCAUAGGCACAUGUCUCUAAGCAACGUUAUCCAAAGAUCAUUCAGCCUUCUGAAAACCAGGUUUCCCAUCCUGAAAUCCGCGCCUCCUUACCAUUUUCAAGUCCAGAGGGAUCUGGUGAUUGUGACUUGUGCUCUGCACAACUUCAUUAAAAGGGAAGACGGCGUUCACGACUGGCUCUUUGCAGCUGAAGGUAAAGAUGUUGGUGCAGAGGAGGAACCUCGUGGAGAAGAGGAAGAAGAAGAGCUAGAGUUGCUGCACACGGAUUCUACUCCUAGGGAGCUUGUUGCUGAUUCUCUACGAGACUUUAUUGCAUUUACUAUGUGGGAUGACUUCAUGAAUAAGUGCGAAGAAUGGUAGAUAAUAACAAGAAUGUGCUAACGAGUUUGGUUUAUGUUUAUAUUAGUUUUAACAAGAACCAAAGGAGUUUGAUUUAUGUUAUAUUAGUGAACAAAGGGUCAUUAUUAUUUUCUUGCUCA